AUGACGAUUUCCUAUGAUGAGGAGUUCUCCGGAUUGAUGCUUCGAUGGAGGGGAUCACUGUGGAAAGCUGUACUCAAAGACAUGAUCGCUUUCUACAUCGCCUACUACAUUAUUCUCACCUUUCAGUGGUGGUUAUUGGACGAGAAGGGCAAAGAAUAUUUCACUGGAUGGAUCAAUUGGUGUGAGGUCGGCUCCUCCUACAUUCCCCUCUCGUUCUUGCUCGGUUUCUUCGUGUCGGUGAUCGUCGCCAGAUGGUGGGAGCAAUUCAAUUGGAUCUCGUGGCCGGACAAAAUGAUGAUGAUGGUCGCCGCGUGUCUGCCCGGAAAGGAGAAUCUCCACAUCCGGGAGGCGAUUGCCCGAUGGAGCAGCUUGCAGGCGGCGAUCGCUUGGUCGGGGAUCUCGGUGAGAACACUAAAGCGUUUCCCCACCGAGCGUCACUAUGUGGAUGCUCAUCUGAUGACCGAACAAGAGUACAAUCUGUUCAUGAAUCUCGAGGCUCCGCACGGGAAAUGGUUUGUGCCAAUCGUCUGGAUCUUGAAUCUCAUCAAGAAAUGCCACAAAGAGAAGCGAAUCGACACCAUUCAAAUGGAUAUGCUUUUGAAACAGCUCUACUCGUAUCGUGACGGUUUCGCAAUGUUGUUCGUCUACGAUUGGGUGAAAAUCCCACUCGUCUACACUCAGGUGGUCGCCAUCGCCACUUACGGCUAUUUCUUCAUUUGUCUUCUUGGAAGACAACCGAAAUUGGAUCAAAAAAGUAUGGAGAAAGAAGUGACCAUUUUGUUCCCAAUCUUCACCACUUUUCAGAUGCUUUUUUAUCUGGGAUGGUUGAAAGUCGGGCAAUAUUUGAUGAACCCAUUCGGCGAGGAUGACGAUGACUUUGAGUUGAACUACGUGUUAGACCGUAACACGUGCAUUGCGCAUAUGAUGGCCACCGAGUUGGCCGAUCAAUUGCCGAACAUCGGCCAGAAGGAUAUGCAUCCGAUCAUCCCACACACUCGAGCCUCCUUCAAGAUUCAGGAUGUGAUACCGAAAUCUCAUUUGGCGGCUUUCCGUUUGAGCGAGACCGAGAUGCAGCUAAUUCGCCCAGAAGUGCUCGAUGAAGAGGCUCGGCUGAUCGAGGACGAGAAGAAGGGACAACGCAUGCGACUCGGCGCAUUCGUUAGAGCCAUCGAUAAGAAACGAGACUCCAAAAACAUCACCGAUGAGGACCCGACCGAAAUCGAAGACGACAAUGAUGAAAGGCCAAAGAGCAAA